GGAUUGGCCAGUAACUUAUUUUCAUUUUUUCCUCAGUGUCAAAUCAACAGUGCCUUGACUUCCUUCCACACUGCUCUGGAACUCGCGAUAGAUCAGAGAGAAAUCCAGCACGUCUGUCUGUAUGAAAUUGGUUGGUGCAGCAUGAUAGAGCUGAAUUUCAAGGAUGCAUUCGAUUCCUUUGAGAGGCUGAAAAAUGAGUCCAGGUGGUCCCAGUGCUAUUAUGCCUACUUAACUGCGGUUUGUCAGGGGGCCACCGGCGAUGUGGAUGGGGCACAGAUUGUCUUUAAAGAAGUUCAGAAACUCUUCAAAAGGAAAAACAAUCAGAUUGAACAGUUCUCAGUGAAAAAGGCAGAGAGAUUUAGGAAACAAAUGCCAACCAAAGCACUGUGUGUGCUGGCCUCCAUCGAGGUGUUGUACCUGUGGAAAGCCCUUCCCAACUGCUCCUUCCCCAACCUCCAGAGGAUGAGUCAAGCUUGCCAUGCAGUAGACGACUCAUCUGUGGUCGGGUUAAAGUAUUUGCUCCUGGGUGCCAUACACAAAUGUCUGGGAAACUCGGAAGAUGCUGUUCAGUUCUUUCAGCGAGCUGCUAAAGAUGAGUUGUGUCGUCAGAAUAAUUUAUAUAUUCAGCCAUAUGCUUGUUAUGAACUUGGCUGUCUUCUAUUAGACAAACCAGAGACUGUGGCAAGAGGCAGAACUCUACUUCUUCAAGCAAAGGAGGAUUUCUCUGGCUACGACUUUGAAAACAGAUUGCAUGUCCGCAUCCAUGCCGCGCUGGCCUCUCUGAGGGAAUUGGUUCCUCAGUGACAGACCCGGAGCCCCUGCUCUGUCUCUUCCCACCUGGGUUCUGCACUUUAAAAUACAAGCAGAGGACACAGCUCAUGCAAAGAUCGGCUUUUCUUCUGAAAACCACCUGUGCCAGGGACACGAAAUUUCCCCAGUUAGGCUGACAUAGUAAAGAUCUAGCUAAAAAGUAAUAAUAAUGACGAUAAUAGUAAUUAUAACUAACAACCUGGGGAGAGGGUUAAGUGACCUUGUUCAAACCUUUUAGUUUUGUGAUUUAUUAUUUUUAAAAUAAAAUCAAGCUAAAUAUUCAACCUGUGAUCUUGUAGGAACGCCUACCUUAAGCACACAUCUGACCGGGUAAACGCUAAGAGGUACCUGUAAAAUUAUUAACAAUAUCAUGACAUAGCAUUUAUAUUGUGUUUUGAAAAAAUAAAGUGCUUUCUAGUGUUUUCCUUUGCCCUCAAGCUACUGCUGUGAAGAAUGUGGCCCAGAUAUUUUUAUCCCCAUUGUCCAGACCAUGAAACUCAGGCACCAAAAGGCUCAUUGAUUUAUCCCAAUUAAUUAUUCCUGUCAUCAGUGGAGCAGUGAAUAGAAGGCAGGUCUCCAGACCAUGAAGCAAAUAUUCUCUUAUUGUAAAAAAUAUGUUAAUAACCCAGAAGUCCGUGUUCCUUAUUAAAAAACAAUUACAGCUGCA